UUCCUUUUGAAGAGAUGGUCUCUAACAAAAUGAACAAUAAUAAAUCCACUAUCUUAUCUUCUUUAUAGUGCUGAUUACUGGAAUUUGAUCUAUACAUACAUACAGUAAAUGAUCAUUAACUCCCCAUCAGAAAACUUGUUGUAUGUCAAUAGCUCUCUCUCGCAUUGAUUAUUUUCAUUCAAUCUUAAAAGAGCAAUAAAGUCAUUCUGUUCAAAAGUCCCUAAUAUUAAUGGCGAGUACAAGGAAUGCUUUUCAGUUACAAGAGACCGUGUUUAUGUCCAUAGAUGUAUAAUACAGUUAAAGGGAAAAAGAAACAAAAUAAAAGAAAUGACCAUUUUAACAGAGACUUACAAAAAAAAAAAAAAGGUAAAUGAUGAGGAAACUGAAAAUGACAACAGCAGCUGCAGAUGUAUGAUUGACUUUUUAGGCAGACCUUUGAAGACACUCUUGUAGUAAUCAAUUCAAGUAAAGAUUAACUCAUGGAUGACUUCCUUUAGCUUUUGCUGGAACUUUAAUCCCAGCAAGAGCUAAGGAUAUGUGAAAGACAUUUACUGAAAGGCUUCCGACAUAUCCUUACCUGAAGUGACACUAAUUGCUGUAAAAGAGCAUCUUUUUAGAUGACUCCCUUGUGUACCUGUAAAUUGUUUCUACUGUGGUUACAAGCACUGGUUUUAUUGUAUACAAAACUCUGUAAGAAGCUUAAACUCAAAGUAGAGUUCAACUUAAGUUUAAACAGUGUAAUAAAACUCUCUAUGUUGGUUCAGAUGCUUUAUUCAUCACAAGCUUUAAACAUUUGACCGUAAACUCUUGGCUAUCUUUGUCUUUUUACAGCAAAUCUUGACCUACAUACCACAUGUAAUAAGGUCUGAUUCGUAUGACACUGCUACACAAAAGUCAGUUAAAUGAAGAUAAUAUUGUAAAAGUUCCAACUUUAUUGGAAUAUUUAAGGUUAUGUAUUUCUUCCAGAAAAAAAAGAGACUUUUAAUAGUUUUUAUAGGUUUUGACAAUGAUUAAUGAUCAAAAAGGUCAUUUUAGAAACAAAUAAUAAACAGGGCUUUUCCCUAAUUUAUUUUAAUUCCAAAACACUAGCAGUUUUCUGCUAUAGUAUUCAGUGUGGUUUUCUAAGUUUACUAGUUACAGUAAACAGAUAUUCCUACAGAUAUCAGUAAAAUAUCUGUAGGGCCGUUUGCAGUAAAAUAUGACUUUAAUAUGAAAGAUGUCUAAAUGGUCAAACUGCACAGCUUCAUAUUCUGAUCCCUCUCUGUCAGAACAGAAGGACCCAUGAGUCAUUGUCUUAACAUUAACAGGAACCUCUUAGCCAAGAAACCCAGCAUUUGAUGAUUCAAGACCUGUUCAGCUUGUGUCAGCAAGUAGAGUGCAGAUUGUUGUGGCUAGUGGGAAAAUGACGGUUGAAAUUAUGUAAAACAAUUAAAAGACUGUAUAGCCUAAAAUUUGUCUUUUGACUCUUACUGACCUUUGUGGAGCAAGAAAUGGGAGAGACGUUGAAUGAGAAAACAACAUAUCCGACACCCCACAUGCAAUAGAGCUAACAUCACACAGCUGGUCCAGCUCCAUACCCUAGUUGCUCUAUUUACUCAGGUCAUAUUUAUCCAGUAUGUAUUUAUUUUUGAUUAUCUGAAACAAGGCUGACAAAAACAGCAAAAACAGAAGAAAUCUGUCAGGAGCAAACACUUUUUUCACUGAACAUGUUUUCAUAUCCAUUGCAACAUAGCAUAUUCUCGCUUUACUGUAUCAGUAAAAUAUCUGUAGGGCCGCUUGCAGUAAAAUAUGACUUUAAUGUGAAAGAUGUCUAAAUGGUCAAACUGCACAGCUUCAUGUUGUGAUCCCUCUCUGUCAGAACAGAAGGGAUGACCCAUGAGUCAUUGUCUUAGCAUUAACAGGAAACUGGUGGUUAAUCUGAGUUGAUCAAAUAACAAGGAAAUCUAAUAGUGGCAUAUGAUUGGAGGGAAAGUCUGUAUUCAUUCGUAUAUUUUCAUUAUGAGGAAACAAACUCCACUAAAGGAAUCCAGAAGGUUAUUUGCACACAUCUUAACAAACUGAAUAAUGUUAACCAGGACAACUUAUGCAUUUGCAACAAGUGCAAACAGCAACAUGAAAAGUGCAAUAAGAAUGAAGUAAACUCAUAGUUCAAGCUGGCUGUGAAUGCAGUUUAGACCAGGUGGUUUUGGUAAAACUAGAACAGGAAGCUGCGCUGCAGAGAAGCAAAGCCACACUGGGUUUCUUUUCCUGAAAUGUCAGAUAAUUCGAUUUCUUGAAAGAUGGACGUUCGCUUCCACGGAACAUAAGCUUCUCUCAUGAUCAUUUCAUCAUCAAGAAAUCUUUUAAAAGAAAAUGAAAAAGUUCUGUUUGAGUUCCUAUAAUAACAUAAUCGUGGUGCCUAAUUUUCUUAUUGCUGCUUUAUUUGUUGUUCUACGGAGCAGCAGAAAGAGAAUCUUGCUCUUUUACAAUCAAGCUUUUGAAUACUGCAAACUGUGAAUGGAAACUGUCCAUAUUUGGAACAAACAUGACUGAAACACAAUAGACAAUGUUUUCCUACACAGAAAAUUUAACUGUUUUGGAGGCUCUGAAUGUUUAGAUAUUUUGCUGUAAAUGUGUCAGUGUUCUCCACGGGCUCAUUCUGAAAGAUGCAACACUAGGAAAGGAAUCAGAAAGUUUCAAUUUAGGAGAAGAAAUCCCCUUUUUUCAGUCAAUGUGCAGCAUAUUGUGGUUAAAUUGUCUAAGUACUGAACAGAAUAUCAUUUUGUGUGAGAAGGUAAAGUUUUCUUCAUGUUUUGUGACUGAAAUAAAAAAAAACAACUGACAGCGAUCAGACACUGUCGACAUUUUUGGCACGCUUGUCAAAAAUCAGGAAAUCAGAUAGGACUUCCUGUCAACACCCUGACUCUCUCGAGCUGACAAAUACAUACAGAGAAUAAGAAACGCAGAAGUCAAAAAAAGGAAAGCACCAACUUACAGGAACAAACUGAUGAACUGAAGAAAUAAGGACAUCCAAAUGUGAAAGGUAACAGCUUGACCAACGACUUUAGGUUUUAAUAAUGUUUAUGUUUGGUGCUUGACGUUGGGACUAUCAGGCAAUUGUUAGAAAUUAUGUGCUGGACAUGCCGAUGAAUUUCAGAGAGGAAGAGUCGACCCCCCUGGUGUUGAGAGACCGGGGGGGCAGCCAGAAGUCCAGUUCGAGCGUGGAAGCCGGCUUACAAGUACACAUCUACUUUUUUCCUGGCACAAGGGAUGCGACAGUGAUACAAAUUUCAUCCGGACAGAUAAGUGCAGAAAAUGUUUGCAUCCAAGCAGGAAAGAAAAGUGGAAUCUUACCAGUGUACCUGAGCCUUUUCGGUUUAGCCUCUGCAGAUCUGUCAUUUUGGUAUCCGCCAUCACACAUGUUUGACUCAGACGAAAACUUGGUCGUUCAUUUUAGAGUGAGGUUUUUCUUUGGGAACUGGUUCGGCGAAGGACCAAGAACUUCAUAUCGCUACAGUCUGACAAAGGACAGAAUCAGUCUGGUGCUUGACUACAAUGUCAUAGAUUACCUUUUUGCUCAGUUGAGAAGUGACUUCAUUGCGAGUGAAGCAGGAAUCGUUCCACCUUUGAGCGCCCAGGAGGAAUGCCUCGGCCUUGCUGUGCUGGACUUGUGGAGAAUGGCUAAAGAGCGACGCCAAACUAUAAGAGAGCUCUGCAAAACUGUCAGCUAUAAAUCCUGCCUCCCCAAGUCACAUCGGCAUGAAAUCCAGAAACGAAACCGCCUGGACCGCUUUCGAAUCAGGAACACUCUUAAGCGUUUCUUGAAAAAACUUGGCAAAUGCUCAGUGGACGAGUACAGCCUGAAGCUCAAAUACCUGAUUGAACUGGCUGGCAUCGAGCCGUCUCUCGGGAGUGAGACCUUCCGUGUCAAUCGUUCUUCCUCCCACGCGGAAGCAACUUUCACCCUUCUGCGGGUCUGUGGGGAGACAGGAAUUCAAACUGGUCAACUUGAUGGUGCCGUGGAAUGGCAGACCUUCUGUGAUUUCCAUGAAAUUGUAGACAUCAGCAUUAAGAGGAUCUUGAACGAGAUGGUCCCACAAGACAGCAGGAUGGUAACGAUAACUCGGAAGGAUGACAGAUGCUUGGAAGCUAGUUUCCAGAGUCGCAAAGAGGCACUUUCGUUUAUGUCGCUGAUCGAUGGCUAUUUCAGACUGAUCACGGACUCAAGCCAUUUCUUCUGUCAAGACAUUGCUCCACCAAGCCUUCUAGAGGGACUCAAAAACUACUGUCAUGGCCCUAUCACAUCAGAGUUUGCAGUCAACAAGCUGAAAAGGUCAGGAUGCACAGGCGGUACCUUCCUUAUCCGGCAGAGUCCAAAGAACUACGAGAACUUCUUCCUCACUGUUUGUGUUCAGACCCCUCUUGGCCUUGAUUACAAGGACUGUCUCAUUAUUAAAAAUGAGAGCUACAGUCUUCCUGGUCUCACAAAAUCAUUUUCCAGCUUGACAGAACUCACCAACUAUUACCAACACAACAAGCUGCUGUUGGCCGAAAUACCCGUCAAGUUAACUCGCUGCUGUCCACCUCGGCCCAAAGAACUCACAAAUCUCAUAAUUGUACGAAACAGCAGCUUGUUUGAAGCUCAAGGAUCUCCAGCACCUGAAAGAAACAAGUUCAGUCACAUUCAGAUCCACAUGAUCAAAUUUGGAGACCUGAACUGGGGUGACAGCCUUGGACAGGGGACCUUCACCCGAAUCUUUAAAGGCUACAAAACUGACUUCCGUGAUGGAGAAAAACACAUGACUGAAGUCAUCCUAAAGGAGCUUGACUCUGCUUACAAGAACUGCUGGGAGUCACUCUUCGAAGCUGCCAGUUUGAUGAGCCAGAUUUCUCAUAAACACCUCCUCCAUGUAUAUGGAGUCAGUGUACACGGAUCACAAAACAUCAUGGUUCAGGAGUUUGUCAAGUAUGGAGCCCUUGACCUGUACUUGAAAAGAGGAACAUCUGUCUCAGUGAGCUGGAAACUCAGCAUAGCCAAACAGCUUGCAUGCGCACUCAACUUCCUGGAAGAGCAAAACAUUGUUCAUGGAAAUAUCUGCGCUAAAAACCUGCUGCUGGCAAGAGAAGGUGACCCCUCGCUGGGCAGCUCUCCCUUCAUCAAGCUGAGUGACCCGGGCAUCAGUGUGGUCAUGAUGGGAAAUGAUGUUAUUCUGGACAGGAUUCCCUGGGUGGCUCCUGAGGUGCUUGAUGCCCCAGAUAACCUGACGCUCGAGUGCGAUAAGUGGAGCUUUGGUGCCACUGUGUGGGAAAUUUUCAACGACGGAAACUCCCCAUUGAGAGGCUGGAACUUAGAUCAGAAGAGGAAUUUUUACGAGAACAUGCAUCAGCUGCCUCCUUCCCAGUGGACAGAGUUAGCAGAUCUGAUCGCUCAGUGCAUGGACUAUGACGCCGCCUUCAGACCAUCGUGUCGCAGUAUCAUCCGUCAGCUCAACAGUCUCAUCACAUCAGAUUAUGUCAUACUUCACGCUACUGAACCGGUAACACAGAGCCCCAUGUCCAAAGCGCUCAACCUUGUUCCGCAUGAUCAAACACUGUUUGAGGAAAGACACUUAUGCUACAUCUCCCCACUGGGAAAAGGAAACUUUGGGUGCGUUGAGCUUUGUCGCUACGACCCUUUGGGUGAUAACACUGGCGAGCUCGUGGCUGUGAAGAAGCUGCAGCCUAACAAAGGCUCCAAUCUAGAGGAUUUCCAGAAGGAGGUUAAAAUGCUCAGUGUUUUGCAUUGUGACUACAUCGUCAAGUACAGAGGGGUCUGCUACAGCAUGGGUCGCCUUAGCAUGAGCUUAGUGAUGGAGUAUCUGCCUUAUGGCAGCCUUACUGGCUAUGUGUGGACUAACCGUCACAACAUCACCACCAGGCGGAUGCUGCUUUUCUCUUCUCAGAUUUGUAAGGGCAUGGAAUACUUGCAGACACAGCGUUACGUCCACAGAGACCUCGCAGCAAGAAAUAUCCUUGUUGCCAAUGAGUCGCUGGUGAAAAUUGCUGAUUUUGGCCUGACGAAGGUUCUUCCCUUUGAUAAGGAGUACUAUCGCCUCUCUCAGCCUGGACAGAGCCCCCUCUUCUGGUUAGCUCCGGAGUGCCUUAAUGAAAAUAAAUUCUCCCACAAAUCAGAUGUCUGGAGUUUCGGGAUCGUUCUCCAUGAGCUCUUCUCUUACUGUGACAAUAGCAUCAAUCCCAAAAGACUUUGUUUGCAGGAGAUCGGACAAAAUGUCCAAGGUACAUCUCUUUCCAUGCAUCUGGCAAACAUGCUGGCGAGCAACUGGAGGUUGCCAGCUCCUCCAAACUGCCCUCUGCAGGUCUACAGUUUGAUGAAGGACUGCUGGACGUACGACUUUGACAAGCGUCCGUCUUUCUCUGACCUGUCAAAAAAGGUUGAAAAUAUGAUCCAGGACGACAGAUAAAGCACAAAAGGCUGAGAAAGAGGCCUUGCUGAACCACACAGACAUUGUUUAACAGCAGCAGUAUUGAAUUAUAAAGUUUAUUUAUUGUCUUCCUCAGCAGUAUUUCUUUUAUUUUUGUUCUUUCCUUUAUUUGGAAGCCUGUGGAUACUUCGUAAUGAGUAAUGGGAUCAUAUACAUUGGUUUCAGCGAAAGCAGCAAAAGUUAAUGUACAGCUUUGUAAUGCUCCUUAUCACAUCAUAUUGCUGUGAUUUUUUUAAAUUUAUUUUUUAUUUUUUUACAUGCAAAGCUGUAGGAAUCAUAAACAGAACAUUUUGCAUAUAACAUAAGACUGAACAAAAACUUUCAUUGCACAGAUAUGGGUUUAAUUUCAAUAUAAGUGCUUCGUUAAAUAAUUAUUUAUAAUCUCUGCAGAUAUACCAUUUGACAAGUACUGACAGUUUGGCUUAAAAUAUAUCAGUGUGUAGAGUUUCUCAUAAAAGUUUAUAGGGUAAAUUUGUUAAAGAUCGUUUCAUGUGUUUCAGAGAUUUGAUUGCAGGUGAAAUAGUUUUCAGGUUUCAUUUUAUUAAUAUUAUUGCUUCAUAUAAAUAUAUAACUUAGUACAACAAGGAUUUUCAUUUAUGCUGUUUGUUGCCUUGUGCUUGAACCGAUUCUCUCAGUAAAUAUUCAUUUUGUCCCAUUGAUUCUUUAUUUCUUUUAUAAAAACAAAUUUAAAUAAACCUUCUCCUGAUGUACAUUUGGUCUUGAAAUUUAAUUAAAGAUAAGUUUGUUGCAAA